AUGACAACGCAAAUUCGCGAUACGCAGUUCGGUCGGUUCGUACGGCUCCUCUCGCGCAGAAGGGCUUUCCAAUAUCCUGACGAGAUCGAUCCUUCUAUACCCAAGUCGGCGGCCGGGCGAGGCGAUGUUGUAUCAAGAAGUGAAGAGAAAGACGCAGAGCCAAUUUCAGACGGAAUAUCAAGCGGAGAGCGUCUCGAGCAAGGCAAACAUAUCCACCUUGUUGGGUGGUAUGGAGAGAACGAUCCUGAGAAUGCUCAGAAUUGGUCGAGCUACUGGAAGUUGUUCGUCACAUUCCAGAUCUGCUUCAUGAACAUGGCUUUCUACAUGACCAGCUCCAUCUACACUCCAGGUGAAGAGAGUAUCAUGGAGGAAUUCGGCGUUGGUAGCGAGGUCGCCACGUUGGGCUUGUCUCUGUUCACACUGGGAUACGGCACAGGUCCCAUGCUGUGGAGUCCCAUGUCGGAGGUCGCGACAAUCGGCCGCAACGACGUGUACUUCUGGACGUUCCUCUUCUUCGUACUGCUCCAACUCCCCACCGGAUUCGCGGUCAACAUGCCAAUGUUGCUGGUCUUUCGCUUCAUCACGGGGUUUGUUGGCAGUCCCGCCCUGGCUACUGGCGGUGCAACCAUCAGCGACAUGUACGGCCCAGCUGGAAUCGCAAUCGGCAUCUGCAUCUGGGGCUCUUUUGGGAUCUGCGGUCCUGUCUUUGGCCCAAUCCUGGGUGGCUUCGCGGCAGAAGCAGAAGGCUGGCGAUGGACAAUCUGGAUCAUCACUUGGCUGUCUGGCUUCACCACCGUCAUGAUCUUCUUCUUCCUACCAGAGACCAGUGAGGCGCAUAUCUUGUACAAGCGAGCAAAGCGACUGCGGCAAGCGACGGGAGACGAUCGGUUGAGGAGCCAGUCCGAAAUCGAUGCUGCUCAUUUCAAGACUAAGGAUCACCUGCGAGUUCUGGGCAGAGCUUGCACACUGACGUUCUCCGAGCCGAUCGUAUUCUUCCUGGACCUGUACACGGCGCUCCUGUACGGCGUCUUCUUCACCUGGUUUGAGUCCUUUCCAAUCGUUUUCGGUGGAAUAUACGGAUUCAGCAUCGGACUUCAAGGCCUUGUCUUCAUCGGCAUCUUCGUUGGCGGAGUGAUCACACUGCCGCUCUUCAUCCUAUGGAUUCGGCGAGGUCUGAUUCCCAAGUUUGACAAGCCGGACUUCAGACCUGAGAUGGUGUUGCCGCCUACUUUCUUCGGCGCUGUCUUCUUACCGAUAUGCUUGUUCUGGUAUGGAUGGUCGGCCAGGGCGAGCAUCAACUGGAUCAUGCCCGUCAUCGGCUCUGGCUUCUUCACGGUGUCCAUCAUCACGUUAUUCAACCCAGUUCUGAACUAUCUCGGCAUAGCGUAUCCUGCAGUCAGUGCAUCUGUAUUCGCUGGCAAUACGCUGUUUCGGGCGACGUUCGGGGCCAUCUUCCCACUCUUUGCUCGACAGCUGUUCAACACAUUGGGCGUCGGCCCAGGCAACUCGCUCCUCGCUGGCAUUUCGAUAUGUUUCAUCCCGCUCCCAUAUAUCUUCUACCGGUAUGGCCAGCGGCUCCGUGGCAUGAGCAAGAAUGCCAGGCACGAUAUAUGA